AUUUUAGGACUUUCUAAAUUCAUUGUAGUGAGAUAGAGAAGUUAUAAUAGUGCAAUGUGAAUUUUACGCAAUAAUUAAGUCGAAUGAACGAGUAACAAUGCUUGGAGUUUAAUCAAAAGAUUGUGUGAAAAUAUCUGUUUUAGGGCCCAAGAUCUGACUAACUGAAAGAACAGGUUGUGUAAAGUAUUAUAACGUCCUAUAUCACAUAAUUUGGCUUAGCAUCACAAAGAUGGGUAAACAAAAUAGCAAACUAAAGCCUGAGGUCUUAGAAGAUCUGAAGCAGAAUACGGAAUUUUCAGACGCCGAAAUACAAGAAUGGUAUAAGGGAUUCCUAAAAGAUUGUCCCAGUGGUCACUUAUCUGUAGAAGAAUUUAAGAAAAUAUAUGGGAAUUUCUUCCCGUAUGGAGAUGCCAGUAAGUUUGCAGAGCACGUGUUCCGGACAUUCGACGCGAAUGGAGACGGCACGAUAGACUUCCGAGAGUUUCUCUGCGCGCUGAGUGUCACCUCGCGCGGGAAACUGGAGCAGAAGCUCAAGUGGGCCUUCUCCAUGUACGAUCUCGACGGCAACGGGUACAUCUCGCGGCAAGAGAUGCUCGAGAUUGUCACUGCCAUUUACAAAAUGGUGGGGUCCGUCAUGAAGAUGCCGGAAGACGAGUCUACGCCGGAGAAGCGCACCGACAAAAUAUUCCGGCAGAUGGACCGAAACAAGGACGGGAAGCUCUCGCUCGAAGAGUUCAUAGAGGGCGCCAAAAGCGACCCCUCCAUCGUGCGGCUCCUGCAGUGCGACCCGCAGUCCCAGUGAUACCCUCGAUACUAAACCUCGCGAGACCACCCGCUCCUCACCUACCCACAAUGUUAGUAUAAAUAUCACUCCUAUAACCAUGCUUGUAAGAGCUAGUGCGCGGCGUAUAAGUGAAGUCUACAGAUUCUUGUCCUGUUGCUUGGCUGAGAAUGUACAGCUGCUUCAAAUAGGGAUUACGAGGACAAUGUUUACGUUAUCAUUCAUAGGUUAUGGUUCAGGAUUUUCAUUUCAAGUGGGCUACUUUCGUACGGUUCGGGAGAGGGUCCCUUUAAUGUUCUCAGCUAUUCAGCUAUUCGUAAAAUUUAAUUAAUGUAAGAUUGCAAUAACUUGAAAUUCUUGGUACAAAAUAACGACGAAAUUAUAAGCAAGAUAAUAAUGUAUAGUUGGAUCCUGAAUUGUUGAGUUUGUAACGGAGUUUUCCCUGACUUGUUAUGGCCAGCAGCCAGUCUACAGGAUAAUGGUCGUUAUAGAAUGAAGAUGUAUAAAUAUGGAUAUGUUAAUGUAAACUUUUCUGACGUAGAGGACUUGUAAUCAGGAGUCAUGAUGUGCCAUCUGCACGGCCAGCCAGUGCAUCCGAGGUCGCCAGGCUAAAUUCUAAACUUCCAUCCGUUAGUAUUCCACUACGCAUCACAAAUGGCUGUAAUAUGAGAAUUUUGGGGUUACUCGUUUGAAUAGGGUCAUGUAGAUUUAAUGAAUCAAGGUAUCUCGUAUUGCAACCAUAGAUCUUAUAUUGAAACUAUUAUUGUGUCUUUCCUAUAUACCUUAUAAGUAUAAUUAUAGCCUUACCCUAUAGAUAAAAAUUCCGUAGCUUCAAACAUUCGCUUCCAAUUGAAUGGUGUUUCUACAUAAGCGCAGUGUCUUGUGACGAACCUUUCUUCCAUUUCUUCAGUUUAAAUUAAGUGUUGACGCGGGCUGACUAUCUGCGGGUGAACAUUGUAGUUUGCUCUGUCGCCGAUAGAUGUCGCGACUCGUCAAGGGAGCGUUUGGGGCAGUGCGCCUAUGUUGUUCAAUAGAACUACAACAGAUGGCAGUAUACGGUAUUACGUAGCUUUUUCCUCAAUGCAGCUCCUACAAAACAGCUGGCAUUCAUACUUUUAUUGUAUGAACAUUUCAAAUUAUAAUAAUUUAUAUACAUUUACACUCAAUCAGUUAACCUCGUUUUGCCUUAUGAAAUUAUACAUAUUUUAAUAUUUGAUUUUUGACAAAUUAAUGUUUAUUGGGCGCUUGCAUUGGGAGAUAGCGGACAUAGCACAAUAAGAAGAAAUAACGCAUCAAAGGAAUCAGAUAUUAUGAUAAACGAUAACUUGUACAAUUAUUUUUAAUUAUACGAAACAUAUUAUGCUGAUUUAUUCAAAUAGCUUAUAAUAUUAAGGUUUUAGUUUUAAAGGAUGAGAAAAAAAUAAAAAACUAUUUAGUUUUGGAGUCAGCCAAGUAUUAUUAAUCAAUUAUUUUGUUGUUUUAAUUUGUGGAUCUUUUCGUACAUAGUGUUAUGUUAUAUUACAUUUUAACAGUAGGUUUGGUAUUCUUUCGUGUUGCCGGUGUAAGCAAUAGCAAGUUAAACCCGAUGAAGGAACUGCUUAAACUGUUGGUGAUCACUUGGCGAUUCAAGACAAUAACUCUGUAAUAUAAUACGCUAAAUAUGUAUAUUAGAUUGUGUGACACAAACACUUGAUUAUUUUUGUGUAUAUUAGAAAUGUAAUGUAAAAUAUGUGUUUCUAACAACAUAGUACAAAAUACCGCUGUUGUUCUAAAAGUAACAAGAGAUCUACUGAUAUGGCAAAUUUGUAUAAUAUUAUGGCUCGUAUUCUGAAUCGAACCCAAAACUUAUGGGUUAAAUUGUCUUGUGGUUGAUAAAACAGAAUAUUAUCAUCAAUAAUAAAAACAGAUUUUGGGUAGGUAUCGUUUCCUAAUACGGGCCUGAAAUUAUAAUAGCUUUCCAUGUUGGUCACCACAGUUGAUUCGUCUUAUAAGCAAGUAGUAUUUCAAGUAGAUGUUUUAUGCGUUCACGUUUUAAGCAAGCACAGUUUAUGUAAGCUAACCGGUAGUUAUUGACUGUAAUAUAAGCCGACAUAUAUUACUAAAAUAUUUUUAAGUAUGUUUACUGCAGUUUACUUUUAUUUAAUUUUAGCGAUUACGAGUCUCGUCCGACGUAUGAUUUCACCUGCAAAUGUUAAGGUUUGACCUGUAGGCAGUGCUCCCGUCACCGCUUCUCUUUAUCUUCGCACGGCGAGAAUUAAUCGUACAAAUGGCGUGUUUUAAGACAAAAUAUCAUUUUCGUGUGUAGUUUGUAUAAAGAUAUACAUAAAUUUCUAAAACAAGCGUAACACUCACUAAUCAAUUCUCGUUCACGUUUUAGAAGUUUAUGUCGUCGACUAUGCGUGUAUUUAUUAUCUAUGUAUUGUUAAAGCGUGAAGGACGCUUCUGCCUUCACUCGGCGCACGCGCCGCCUUACCACUAACUAACGCAAUGCAAUCUAAUUAUUGUUUUCACUAGGCUUUUACUAACACGAAUAUUUGAUGCACGCUUUAAUUUUGUCAUUCAUGUUUAGAUUUAUUUUUAUGGCUUUUUAUUGAUGUAUUUUGAAUGGAUUCUCAUUUUUAUUUGUAUUAUAAAAUUACUUUAUAAUAUAUUGACAUUUUAUUUCGCUUCUCUGUUAGCUAGCUAGUUUUAUCCACGGAUAUCGAAUCAAAUGCACAAUUAUUUAUUUCUCGCACAAUUUGGUUAUUAACGUGUUAAAUGUAUGCUUCGGUGUUUAACUAACAUUGUAUGGUCUUUAUUGUGGAAUUGAUUGGAUAUUGAUAUCUUCUUACGAGUACAAGUCGCAGCUUCAUCGUCCUCACAUAUUAUAUCUAUGUAGACUAUUUGAAGUAUCUAGUAUGUGAAUCGAUUACAAUAUUUGCCAUAUGUAAGUACAUACAAGAAUGCCGGCGAGUCGUGCCUUCAAGACUAGCGCUGUCGUUAGUCGUUCAAUUGCUAGAUUUCGGUUCGUACUAGAACUGCUAAAAAGCUAUGCCAUUGAAUGACCAUUCUUAUUGCGACUUAUAGAAAAAAAAGGUUAUAUUCUAGCUAGUCUGUGUGUUGAUAUCUCGUUUCAAUAUGAUUCACUUAUAGACUAUAAAAUAAUAAAACUAAUGAACUGAAUUCCUAAUUAUAACUACUGCCAGAAGCUUAGCUAGAAGUACUCGUAAAUUCCGUAGUUCCUUCCUAUAGUUCCGUAGGGUUGUGCUUUGACAUAGUCUAGCUGGAAUAUAUCCUGGGCAGAUCAGAUAGAGCCUGUGAGCAGGCAGCAGUCACUGGUCGCGAGUGCAGCUCCGUACUAACUGCCUCGGCCGGCUGCCAGGAGCUACAGUAAAGCUGGUAGUGCUCACGUGCAGCCUCGCCACAAAUACGGAACCCCGCAAUAAUAAAUUUCUAAAAUCUCGAUGUUGAAGUGUAAAAGAGAAUCAAUAUUUUUAAUAUAUUAUAUUUUAAAUUUAUGUACAGAUUGUUAGGUGUUCGUCAGAUUUUACGAAUAUUUGUCGUUUAUUCGAUAGUAAAUGUUAUAUUUCCAUGUCUGUCAUUUAUGUAACUUGUAAUUUCUUCUGUCGUGACGUCUCAUUCUGGACACAUUAGGGUACAGGCACCAUCAGACAUUAUUUUGAAGAUGCUUCUCGAUAUUUUCAACCAAAGUCAAUUAAUAAUUUACUAUUCAUGUUCUUCUUUUUAAUGAAACUGAUGCAAACGUUAAUUCUAUCUUGAUCCUGUACUUUUCCUAAAUAAGACCACCGAAAGUAACGGUGUCAGUCAAUCCAUGAUGAUUCUCAGAAUACUUAUUGUAUAAAUUAAUGUUGUAUGGUGUCAUGUAUCCUAUUGCCUAUUUGUAUUUUAUUAAAUAGAUAUAUCAGAGUCCUGAGCAAUGUUACAAACUGCAUCAGCAGGCCCUGUCGUUUCUCUUCAGGAGUACCAAUAGUGAUAUAAUGCUGUACCGCAUUUUGUAAAAUUUCCAACGUGCAGAUGAUUCUAUAAUCGGUUGCGAUCUAUCGCUGGCAAAUAAUAAUUAUCUACUGCUUUAAGAUGUCUAGUGGGUGUCAGGUGAACUGCCGUACUAGUAUACAGUUCAAUAAAUCCAUUGAUCAAUAUUUUGCUUAAUUGUGUUUCUAGAAAUUAGUUGUUAUUUCUGUAUAAAAGGUUUUCAAUCGACCAAGUCUGAUUUAUUGUUAGAUAUUAGUUGUAAACAGCUUAGCUGCUCGGUUCGCGUAGAUUAGCCGGGUACACACGAAACACGUGGUAGUUUCACAGAAAAAAAUGCAUUGUGCGCGCGCGCCGGCGAAGCGGCAACGUCGCCCGGACCGUGCUUGCACGACUAAUCGCGUGUUCCGUACUUCUGUGGGCCUAUGAUUUUUUACAAAUUCAGCCAGCUUAGUUUCUUAUGCAUUUUAUACGACAUGUAACUUGUUCCGGCCUUGUCCGGGCUGGUAUGUAAAUUAUAUUUAAUUAAGAUUACAGGAUGUUAGAAAGGUUAAAACUAGUUUUCCGCUACAAAGAAAAAUAUAUUUUUAUUAUAUUAAUCAGGAAUAAUAUGUACGUAUUAGAAAUACAGAACUUACUCGCUAAUCUCCCCCAAAAAUUCCAUCCAAUCAUAUCCUUCCAUUGAUUACCAAAAAAGGCAGACUUACGUAGUGUUGAUGAACACAACAUAAAUAACAAAUUAAAAUAUAGUUAUUUGAUUUGUAAUCAACAAUAUGCCUACAUAUUUCUUGUAAAAGUAUGAUAAUAAAUAAAUAACUUGAUGAAAUCAUAAAUAAAUAAUUAAAUCAUAAUAAUUUGAGGAUAAAUCCUAAAAUUCUGAAUCAAAAUACGACGGCUUGUGUCUGACAAAAAACGGCUGAUUAGCGAGAAAAUACUGUAUUUUAUUAGUUUGUGUGAUUAUUGUACAAAUAAUUACUUUUAUAUUCUGUUAAACAUUUAUAUUCAAUUUAUAAAAUAGCAUUAAAAUAUCAUCACAAUCAUGUUAAUAGAGAAUAUUAAGCUAGGUAACUACCUAUCUAGUCACAUUACAGUAUCACCAAAUGUUGAAAAGUUUGGUUUUGGUUGUGGAAUUUAAUUAGACCUGUUUGUUAUUGGCUUCCAAAUUAUUGAACUAUCUCUAUGGUCUCUCCAUUUUUUUAAUUUUACGCAGAUAGGUUAAAAUUUUGUAAUGCUUUUCACCUGACACCAUAAAUUUUGUACGUAAUUACUUAUAAUAAUAAUAUUUUGUUAAAACGCUAUCCCUAUGGGUCCGAUUUUUAUGAUUUAUUGAAUAUGCGCUUACUUAUUAGGUCAUUUACUAAGUAUUUUUUUCAAUCGAAUCAUCACAGUCUUCGAUGUAGAUAAUUAAGGAUUAAUUUCGACAAACUAGUAUCGGCCCAGCCUUCCUUAAAUCGUCUGAUUUCUUUAUACGCGCCAGUUGAUUUUCGGUCUUCCAGUAUUAUAAGCAGUAGACGAAUAAACUACGAAUGUAAUUUUUGGCCUUUACAAUAAAUACAAUAAAUCCAUUUAAAGUUCUAUGGUUACCUAGAAGAGUUAGUAGCACCAUUCUAGUUUAUUGCUAGCAUUACAAGGGUGCUAAUUUUUACUUAAUUGGUGUUAACGUUGACAGCUCAAGGGCGGUUCAUAUUGUAUGUAUACUUGUACUAUCUAAAUUUAUCUUAUUAUGAGAUCACCAUUUCCCUCUUAACACCUAGUUAGAUAGGUUUCGCUCUAUCCACGUAGGCUUACUAUGCCUUCCUUUAUUUAUGCUCGACACUAUUUAUUAUCAUCACUGAAUAUAAUCUAUGGUGCAUAAAAUGUCCUAUGAGAUUAAAGGAUUGUUAGAUAAUAAAUCUAUAUUAUUACUUUUCAUUUUGUAAUUAUGAAUAACUAAUACAUGUUUAGCAUAAUUAUAAUUGUUUGAUACGUGAAGGUAUCUUAGAGAGUACGUUACCUGAAUACACAGGGUGCUAUUGACUCGAGAUGAGGGAGGCGCGCUCUGGUGGCCACUUUGGGCAACUAACCGCAUGCGAGUCGUCGGUGGAUGGACCGUUUGCCCCAAGCGAUGUAGUGGUAGGCCCAGGGUGGAACCAUAAUCUGACAAACAUCACCUUAGUUUAUAAAAGACCCGAGAGUAGCGUUAUAAGUUCAUAAUGUGAAGUUAUUGUCGAAGCUAGUUCUUUAGUUAACCUUUACCUAGAAUUAUAAUAUCUUUAAAGUCUUAUAAUUAACGUCAAUGAUAUUGACUGUAACAAUGAAAAUUGGAAUUCAAUUGCUAGUAAUUUACUGAGAGAGUAUUUCACGUUUAAGUAACGAUCUGUCACAGGUUUCAAUUGUUCAUAGACCUUUUUGGAAUGCAGUACAAACUAGAAUUAGGAUGUAUUUAAGUACAAGGAAGGUUUAGUUAUGCUUUUAAAUGAUGCCAUACAAGAUACAAAGAAAUACUUAACAAAAGGCACGAUUAAACAAGGGAAGUGUAGACGCAUAGCGUAAUGAUUCUAUCUUGACAGUAGGUAAGUACAUGAUUAAAAAUUAACUUUAAAAGAGUGUUUUUCUGAUUAUAGCAAAGAGUAUCAUAAACCGAGCAAUAGGUAAUGGAGAAGAGUUGUUAGGAAGCAAGCGAAAAUAAAAAAGCAUCAUUUUGAUUUGACUUUAAGUGAAUUUUGGCAGAUCGUAAAUGUUAAUUCUGUUGAAACAACUUAGUGAACAUUUGUAUGUACUAGUUUCUGAUUAAUACCAAAACUCUCGAAUAAUUUCAAUUCCAAGGACCAAAUGUACGCGUACAAGAGUGGUAGUGGUACAUAAGUAAGAAAUUGGUACCUUUACAUUCGGGUUAAACUCCGAUGUUAAAUUAAAUCGUGUUUCACUAUCGUUGUGUAUGACAUAUCAAAACAAUUUAACCAUUAAAUCGGCGUGGCGCGGUCUUCAUUUCGCAUGAUACACAGCUUAAAUAUCGAUCGUUCGAUUUUUAUUCUUAAUAGCACCCUGCUCUUUGAGAAAAUUGUACCAUGGUAUAUCUAUGUACACUGAAACUUACCGAAGUUUAAAUUAAAUGUUUGGCUCAAAAGUUAAAUGUUUUAAGGUUUAAUAAAAGGUAUGGUCACUGGUCAGUGUUAGGAACCUACUUGAUUGUUGAACUAUUGGGCACUGAAACUUUUUAGUGUAGGUAUAGAUAGAUACUUAAAUAGAUAUUUAUAUAAUUAUGCAUAUAGGUGUAGGUGAAGUCACAAGGACGCUUUAUGAAAAUUAUGAGACAAUUUUGUAAGUAUAUUAAAUAAAUAUUAAUCUAAAACGAUGUAAGUAGCUAGCUUGAAGAUCA